AUGAAUGAAGUGCUUCUCAUGGUGAAAAGCAGAAAUUUUGAGAUUAAUCAGCGUUUGGUGAAGAUUGUAGAAGAAAAGGAUGCUCUGUAUGUUGAUUAUAUUUCACAGCGCUUGGAUGCAAAACUUAGUCCUAUUCUUCCUAAGGUUGAUCAGUUUAUGGGUGUGAAACUCAAUCCCAUUCUUACCAAGCUCGAUCGGCUCUCUAAUGUUACGAGUAACGGUGCUACUUCACAACAAGGGGGAGAAGGAGUUGAGCCUGUCAACACUGAAAUUCCAAUUCAUAAUGUCAACAUCAAAGAUCCUCAUCAGACUAGGAAUAUGGAGAAGUCUGAUGCUCCAAUGGUUGUUCUUGAAAAGCGAACAAUGGAAGAUAAAAUGAAGUAUUUCAGAGAAAAAGCGAGUACAUGA